CCUAUCGAGCCAGGGCUAUGAAUAUGCGCUGUGCACGCUCGCCUGCGAGUCCGGCAUGACCCAGGAGCCGUUUUCUGCUCGCGAUGUGAAGCAAUUGCUGCGCCUGCCGCACCUUGACAGGUCAGCCAGUGCUCGAAGGAAUUGUGGCUCGCAUGCUGAGCCAGCCAGAGACCGCCUCGGCUCAGACAUCCGUGCCGGCUGCUGCUGAUCCAAGGGGUGGCCAGGAUGAAAGCUUGUGUGCAGCCGCUGAGGUGCAUGCUGAGCUGAAGAAGCUCCAGCAGUCGGUGGCGGAAGCAGAGCAGAGGCUGCUGGCUGUGCAGCAGCAGCUGCAGAGCGCCCAGGGGGAGCAGGCUGUAGCACACCUACAGGCUGUCCGCCACAUGUCUGUGUUGACUGAAUUGAGCAGCGUGGGGAGCAAUUGCAUCCUGGAAGGCAGCACUCCGCCCACCUCGAGCAGUUCGAGGCCUACACAGAGCCAGAGAACUCGGAACUCUAGUGUGAGCAGUGUCUUCAGCCUUCCGCUGGAUCGUGCAAGGCGGCGUCUUCGGCAGCUAUCUCUGCAGACUGACUACCUAGAUGACAGACUUCGUGCCAUGAGGGACGAUUCGCUUUUGUCUAGCAUGUCCACCCACGAUGUGAGCUUGGCAUCUUGUGAAAAGAGCUCAGAGGCACACUCCUUCAAAGCAGAAUGAGCGAUUUUCUUUCUUGUAAAACAAGAGAAACCAAUACAAACUAAUAAUGCAUUGAA